CGGCGAGAGUCGCGCCGGAGGCUGUGCCCGCCACGGUCAACAGCGCGGGAGGACGACUGCUUUGCCAGAAAAAUUCACUUAUGUACAUGCACAUAAUAUUGCAUACUUCAGAGGCGGCUUCUAGGACCUACUGAAGUUUAUCCUCUAGCAGUCCAUGGACUCCACGGACUCCAAGGGAAGAAUGCAGACAAUCAAAUGCGUGGUUGUAGGAGAUGGGGCUGUAGGUAAGACCUGCCUCCUCAUCAGUUACACAACGAAUGCCUUUCCUGAGGAGUAUAUCCCCACUGUCUUUGACAACUAUAGUGCCCAGACAUCUGUGGAUGGCCAAAUCGUCAGCCUGAACCUGUGGGACACAGCUGGCCAAGAGGAGUAUGACCGACUGCGAACACUAUCCUACCCCCAGACCAAUAUCUUUGUCAUUUGUUUUUCCAUUGGCAACCCAUCCUCGUAUGCCAAUGUGAGGCAUAAGUGGCACCCCGAGGUCUCCCACCAUUGUCCCAAUGUGCCUGUCCUGCUGGUAGGUACCAAGAGAGACCUGCGGAAUGACACUGAGACAGUGAAGAAGCUGAAGGAACAGAGCCUAGUGCCCACAACUCCUCAGCAAGGCACUUCCCUGGCUAAGCAGGUGGGGGCUGUGAAGUAUCUAGAAUGUUCAGCCCUGAUGCAGGAUGGGGUGCACGAGGUAUUUUCAGAAGCUGUUCGGGCUGUGCUUUACCCUGCCACAAAGAAGAACACCAAGAAGUGUGUCCUUUUAUAGCUUUUGGGGUGCUACUUGGAGACUGCACCUAAGGGGGAAUGAGAGGGAUUCCUUUGAUAGCAUUGAACAAACAAUGCCAGCAUGAGCCAUUUGUCUCUUUUCCUAGAAACCCUAGACUCCAGGUUAUUGGGCUUUUGGAGGAACAAAGACAGCCUUGUUUGUACAUGGCUGCUUUGAAGUUUGGUCUGAACCUUUUGGAGGAAGUUUGGGGGGAGAGAGAGAGAGAGACUGACUGACUUUUACCUCUAAAUUAGCUUUCCUAGCUGUAUUUACCAUUGAGCAAGUGUCUCACAGAAAGACAAGUUUUUACAGUUUUCAAAUCAUUGCCUUAAACUUUCCGAUAUACUAAUUUUGGAAAAUCAUUUUAUAUGUGAUUCCUGAGUGUUCCCAGUGUCAGCAUGUUCUUCCCAUUCUGGAGAUGAGACAUGCUUACAAAAAUGCCUAAGCAGCAUUUUUCCAAGCUCUGGGAGAUACUAAUAGAUGUUCCUUAACAAGAUUCUGUGGUCAAGUAAGUCAGGAACCAGUGGGUUUUUUUUUAAGUGUUUAUUUAAAUUCCAGUUAGUUAACAUACAUUGUAAUGUUAGUUUCACGUGUACGAUAUAGCGAUUCAAUACUUCCGUGCAUCACCUGGUGCUCAUCACAAGUGCCCUCCUCCUUCAUCCCAUCACCUAUUUCCCCCAGUCCCCCCACCCAUCUCGCUCUGGUAACCAGUGAUUUAAAUAAAGAGGAACUGGUUCCUCUACUGGGGGGAUUUAUAACUUUUAAUAAGUGAGCAACAUUUCCCAAAUUUAUUUCACCAAACCUUUUCUUUUUUCUUUUUUUUGGUUCCACGCAACACCUGUUAACAUCUCUGGAAGCACAGUUUGAGAGAGGCUGGGUUAAGAGGAACUAGACAUUCCCAAAGAGGCUGUGGAGAGAAAAAAAAAAAAGCAUAAUGUGGUCCUGUUCUUUUUGAUGUUUCCCUGAGAGGGCCUUUGAGGGGAAUGUUUAUCAGCCACGGACUUGUUACUGGUUCCUCUUCUGCCCUCAGGAGAUGAGUUUGGCACUUCGUCAUGGUAGCACAUUGGAUGUGGGGUCUGAUGGUCAGAUCUGCUAUCAGAUUAUGAUAGCACUAUGGGCCUGGUGAUGUGGAAUUAAUCCCCCAUUAAAGCUGUGUCCCUGAGGCCUCUGUGAGGCCCUUUUUUUCUGUCAGCUUCUGCUUCAGGGAAAGACCACUGAAGGUUAACCCCACAGACGAACCAACCAACCACCCAACCAAAAUAUUCUGCGGGUCAUUAUCAGGGAGUUGUGUGAUUCUUCUCAGUGUCCUACCUUGCUCUUUUCCUAUUCCUCCCUCCUCUGUACACUCUGUGUGUGUGUGUGUGUGUGUG